GGCAGCGUACUGCGACUUUAGUUGGUUUUAGGCCAGUUUGAUGAAAUGGUGCUACUAGUUGGUGUUGUGUUGUGGUAGUGUGUAUUGGAUGUCAGAUGGCUUGAAUAAGGUGGUGGUGUGUUUUGCUUCGUGCAUUUUUGUAGAAGUGAGCUUAGUUUCAAUGUGUUUUCAUUAGAAUGACUUGAAGCAACGAAUUCGACUUCACGCUGCAACUCGAAUAUGAUACAAGAGAGUUAAUGUCAGCUACUUGACUCUGUGAAGAUGCUAUUUUUAGGAUGGAAGACAAAUGUUCUGCUGUGAGUCUUGAUCUGUGCGUGGUUUUGGUUGCCUUUACAAGCGAAAAUAACUGUUCACAGAGGUUUCGUUUGUGUGUUCGCAUCGCCGCCAUGUUUUGCCAUUCGUGAUGACGUUCUUUAUCUGACGGAGUCGGCUGUUUUUAUUUUGUUGCUGCUUCUUUAUAUGUAAUAAAUUACGUAAUUUAUAUAUGGAUAUUAUUUCUAUCGACCCUAUAACUGAAAUACGUCCGAAACAAGCGAUAAUACCGAUAAAAUGAGUUCGUCUGGACUACCGAAACCUUCAGGGUUAAAACCACCCACUAAAAUCAGCAGGCCAUGCACAGUCACACCAAAACCAGGUCUUCCAUUAGCUGCUACUCCGUCUGCCAGAGCCAAUGGAACAGCAAGCCCCGCAGCAAUAACGAAACUGAGCGAGGACGUACUGAAGAAGAAAGUGACAGGUGGUUCCAUCUUCAGUGAACAAGGGGACAGUAGGCGUGCCAGUGAAGAUAUUUUAGCCAGAAGGAAGAGAUCUUCUGAUGCAGGUUCGGCCAAUCUUGAUGCACUGUGGGAGAGUGAUCGCAGACUCAGCGAAGCUGGGGUGAGACGUACCUCAGAUGCCAGUGUUGUGCUGACGGAGGACACGGACAGUUUUAUCAUCGGUGAUCGAGUAUGGGUGGGUGGUACAAAGUCUGGACAGAUUGCCUACAUUGGUGAGACACAGUUUGCACCAGGAGAAUGGGCUGGUGUAGUUCUGGAUGAACCAGCAGGAAAGAAUGAUGGCGCAGUGGCUGGUGUACGCUACUUCCAAUGUGAGCCACGGCGUGGGGUAUUUUCUCGUCUCACACGUCUCACUAGAACUCCCCUCCAGCAGAGUGAUUCGGAUUCUGGGACAGGUGGUGACAGACAUGCCCAUUCACGGCCAACUAAUGGGACAUCUUCAGGAAUAACGUCACCAGUCCGUCGGCUCACACCUAUUGCCUCCCCUUCUGGCAGCAUGAAAGAUCUUCAUCUAAAGAAAUCAACAUCUCCAUCACUGAAUUCAUCAGUCACAAACUUGAAUUCAACAAGUCAUUCAGAUCUGAAGCUUGGAGAACGUGUAAUAGUGAUGAGCAGUCAGGGCUCUAAAGCUGGUACCCUGCGGUACAUUGGGUCCACCGAGUUUGCUUCAGGGGAAUGGUGUGGAGUGGAACUUGAUGAUCCUUUGGGGAAGAAUGAUGGGUCUGUGGAAGGAAAAAGGUACUUUGAAUGUCAGCCCAAAUUUGGGUUGUUUGCACCAGCACACAAAGUAAGUCGAUCUCCUUCUAGCCGCCGUCCAUCUGCUUCAUGUGUGAUCCAUCAUGGAACAGCAAGUCCAGGCAUAAAGAGAGUUGGUUCACGAGAGUCGAUGGUGUCAGCAUCAAGUGCAGCUUCUUCUGUGCGUGGUGCCAGGGUAAGACUUGGUGUCACUUCAUUGGGCAAGACUGUCCAACAGAAAGCUGGCGUUCGAACGCCAUGUACUUCUGUUUCUACAAAGUCUUCGCUCCAGGAUGUACUGCGCGAGAAAGAGUUGCACAUCGAACAGCUAUUGAAGGAACGAGACCUAGAAAGAGCAGAAGUUACAAGAGCAGCCAGCCAAGCAGAUGAUGCUGAACAAAAGCUUGCUGCUUAUAAGCAGGAAUUUGAGCAGUAUCGAGAAGAAUCAGAAGCUAAGUUGUUGGAUAUCCAAGACGUCUUGUCAAGACUACAAAAGGAAAAGGGGGAGUUGACAAGCCAGCUGGAAGAUGAGAGAAGAAAAGUUGAGGAUUUGCAAUUUAGGUUUGAAGAGGAAGCAAUUACUAAAUGCGAUAUGGAGAGUAAGAGAAUUGAGCAGGAUGCUGCUAAUGCUGUUUGUGAAGAUCGGAUUAGAGAGCUAGAAAAGAGUUUGUCUGAGGAGAGACAGAAGUCUGAGUUACUGGAACAAGAAUCUAAUAAACUGUUUGAAGCUGAGGAAGCAAUAGCACACUACAAAGAUGAACUGGACAUGAAACAGAAGGAAUUGGAUGAUGUUCGAAAAGCACUGAAGCUGCGAGAUGAGGAAGUGGAAACAGGAAAUCAGAAAGCAAGUGAAGAAGUAAACAAAUUGAAGAGAGAGUUAGCAGAAGCUCAAAAUUCAUUUAAAAUUAAGUGUCAGGAAGCAGAUAAACUGAAUAAAGAAUAUAAUGAUGAACUUGAAAGGUUAAGGAGGGAACAUGAAAAGUCUAAUAAUGCAAUGAGAACAAAAUUAGAAGAAUCAACAGGGCAGCAUUCUUCUGAACUUCAGAACUUACAAAAAGAACUGAAUGAAACUCAAAAUCAGUUGAAGCUUAAGUGUGAAGAAGUUGCUAAAAUAACAGAAGAACAGAGAAAUGAAACUGAUACAUUUAAAAAGCAGCUUGAGGAAGCUACAAAUUUGGUCCAAGCGAAAUCUGAAAUUUUACAAAAGGAAAUAGUGACGCUGAGAGAAAGUGAGGCAGCUUUAAAAGAGGAGGUUAAACAGAUUCAAGUAGCUUUGAAAGUAAAGUCUGAAGAACUGGACAGAAGUACUGAACAUGCCAAAGAGCAAGGAAAAGUGAUAGAAAAAUUAAAAGUAGAAAAUCAACAGACAGAGAAUUUGUUGAAAGAAAGAAUGGAGAAUUUUGACAAAAAGACUACUGCUAUGAAUGAACUGGAAGCAGUAUUGAAGAAACAACUAGAAACCAGUGAAAAUACAUUAAAGAUGAGAGUGAAUGAACUAUCAAAGAUUACUGAAGAACAUUUAAAUGACUCCAAGGCCAAAAAUGCAACAAUACAGAAGCUUGAGGAACAAAUUAAGGAAAGGGAUUCUGAAAUAAGUAAAUUGAAGCAAGAGCUAGCAACACUCAAGGAAGAGAUUAUGAAAGAAUAUGCUGCAGCAAAAGAGCAGCAUAACAAGGAGAUUGAAGAAAAGAUAUGUUUACUGAAAAGUGCAGAGGAAUGCUUGAAAGAGAAAGAAUCAGAAGUUAAGCAGCUGAAAAGAGAUAUUGAGGUCCAGAAGGAACGGCUUAACGUGAAAGCUGCAGAUAUUGUGGUUCAACAGGAGAAAACACAAAACCUGACCCAGAAAAUAAAAGAUUCUGAGAAUGUGGUUGCAGCUCUGACAGCUGAGGUACAGAAGUUUCAGCUGGAGACAGGCGAUCUUCAAAGGAAAUUGCAGGCUUCAGAUGAAAAGUGCAGUCAGUUGACACAGCAGAAACAAAAACUGGAGGAUGAUAUCUCUGGCCUAAUGAGUACCUCUAGUGAUUCAUCAGCACAGUUAACCAAACUGAACUCUGAGUUACGGGAAAAGGAAAAGGAAGUUGAUGGAGUUAGAGAGCUGCUUACAGCAGCUAAUCAGGAGACAGAGAUAUUGAAACACAAAUUACAGCAGGUCAUAGAGCAGGGUGAGAAAACAGAACAGGAACUGAAGGUGAAAGCUGAGAAUCUUUUACAGCAAUUGCAGAAAACAGAGCAAGAAAUGAAGCUUCAGUUAGAGGAAGCAAAAGGAAUUGAGCAAGAACUUCAUCAUGAAUUAGAGAAAACUAUCGCUGAAAAUGCCCAGGUUAAAAAUGAUGCAAAAUUGGAAAUAGAUAAACUCAUGCUUGAUGCAGAAAAGACAAGGAUGGAAUUAACAAAGGUAACAGAGAAAAGUAAAACUACAGAACAAGACUUAACAGUCAGAAUGGAACAGGCCAUUCUGCAGUCAGCAGAGAAAGAGAGGGACCUGAACCAGCAGCUGGAAACAAUGAAACUGCAGUUUCAGAAAGUGGAAAAAGAGUUUAAGGAAAACUUAGUGAAAGCUUUGGAAAAUGAACAGGAACAUGAACAAAAGCUGGUGCAAGUAUUAGAGCAGGCUCAAAAAACAGAGAAAGAACUGAGGCAGAAACAUACUGAAGAGCUGGAGAGACUGUGUCAUGAAAAAGUAUCAACAGAAAGUCUUGUAGCAGAGAGAGAAUCAAAAUUGACUUCGAUAACUCAAGAUUUUAAUAAAGUGAUACAAGAGAAGGAAGCUUUAGAGAAAUUUGUUCUAGAGAAGGAUUUGAAACUUAAUCAAUUGACUGAUGAGCUAUCAGUAGUACAAGAACAGAAAAACUCUGCAUAUAAACUAGUUAAAGAACAAAAUGAGAAAUUAGCUUCAGUCAGUGCAGAAUUAUUAAAAGUUCAAGAAGAAAAGAUAACUGCAGAAAACAAGAGUACAGAACAGAGAGCAAAAGUUGAUGCUGUCACUGAAGAACUGAACCUCGUUCAGAAAGAAAAGGUUGAAACUGAAAGAUGCUUAGCAGAAGCAGAAACCAAGCUUUUGGAGCUGCAUAUAGGUGUAGGGGCACUACAGCAAGCGAUGAAAGACACAGAGAGUUCUUCAUCAGAAAAAGAUUCCCGACUUUCUACAGUUAUGACUGAAUUAACUAAGUUACAACAGGAUAAAGAUGCUGUAGAUAAAAUUUUGAUUGAAAAGGAUUCAAGAUUGUCUGAGACAGUGAAGGAAUUGGAAAGGCUUCGUACAGAGAAAGGAGCUGCUGAAAGUCUUGCAACAGAAAGAGAGGAGAAAACAAAGGAAAUAGUGCAUGAGAUGCAACAGUUAAAAGAUGACUUUGAUGCCCAUUGCAAAGAGUUACAGAAUAAGUUGAUGCAGACUCAGAAGGAGACAGAGGCAGUUCAAGAGUUACAAAAGAAAUUGGAGCAGGAGAAAACACAUAUUGAUGAACUUCAGGAGCAGCUAAGUAUAUCUGAAAGGGAGCGUGGACAGCUUGCAGAACAAUGCAAAACAUUUACGAUGGCAGCACAGCAGAGUUCUGAACUCAGUUUGCAGUUGGCAGCUGUGGAGAAGGAACUGAAAGAAACAAAACAAAGGGAGGAGGACUUAAAAGCUAACAGUGAAAAGGAGAAGGAAAGUUUAAAGAAGAAACUGGAGACAACAAAUUCUUUGCUUGAGCAAAAAGAAAAAGACUUCCAGACUCAGAAAGCCGAGAUUUCUUCCUUACUGACAGAGAAAGCACAGGGCAAACAGUAUAAAGCUUUGCUGGAAGGUUUGCAACAUGAAAAGCAGCAGCUUGAAACCAAAGUAGGGGAAAUGCAGAAGACUGUUGCACAGUCAGAAGUUAAUGCAAAUAGUGAUGAUCCCACACAUCACAAGUUAGUAGAGGAGAAGGAACUUGCUCAAGGCCAGAUUGAUUUCCUCAACUCUGUGAUUGUAGAUCUGCAGCGCAAGAAUGAUGAUUUGAAGGCUCGCAUUGAGAUUCUGGAGAUUGGGAUCUCCCCUGCUGAUGCUGAUGAGCUGAACUUAAAUGGUAUAAAGCCCAAUAUGGUAGCUCCACGUGUGUUCUGUGAUAUCUGUGACAUGUUUGAUCUGCACGAGACUGAAGACUGUCCACGCCAAGCUAUGGACACACCCCCACCUUCUCAGCACAGCCGGCAUGGUGUAGGGAAGAAACGGGGUGAGGAGAGACCUUACUGUGAAAUCUGUGAAGUAUUUGGCCAUGCUACAGAGGAUUGUGAUGAUGGCGAAACAUUUUAACCUGCAGUAAUGUUGUAGAAUAAAGUUUUUACGUAAGAUAAUAACUAUAGUGUAAUAAACGGACAUGUAACAAUCUCUAUGUUAGCAUAGACUUGUAGGGUCAAAUGAAAAUAGAUGCUAUUUUUAUAUUUAUACUUGUACAUAACUAUGUAAAUUCUUGAAACAGGUGCUCUGAAAGUGCCGUGUGUAUCCAUAUAUAAAAUUCUGGUACUGAUACUAAGUUUAUGCAAGCUGUGCAUAAAAGAGUGAUACCUGUUACGGUAUAUUUUUGUAUAAUUAUUGAUGAUUUUUUUUUGUUUAAAUGUGUUCUUAGUUAUAGCUAAUUUAUAAACUGGGGUAUGUUAUAUAAUUCUAAUUUGUUUUGGAGUAUGUUGUAUUCUGUUUCCAUUUCAGAAAUAUCAAUAUUGAAUAGGGACUUAGGGAAUCAGGACCUCUUUGACAGAUUAAAAAGAAAUGGAAGAAGUGUUUUUAACUGCAACAGGUGACCACAAUAUUGUAGGUUCAUUUAAUUAAGAAUGUAGAUAAAUUUCAACAGAAGUUCUCUAAAUGGAGUUAUAGUUUCAUUAGCAUCAGUGAUAAACUGAAAAUUUUUUUUCUCUGUCUUUUGUUCUGAUUUACAUGAGAGCUUUAAGAAAGAAUUACUUCCAGAUGUGGGAUUGAGGCAUUUGUGAAGGUUUUGUGAUGUGAAAUAAUUUCCACUUUGUUAGUCAGCACAAUGUAAUUUUGUACUGGUACGAGUAAUAUUUAAAUGUACAGAAUAUCUCAUAAGUCUGGAAUCACAGGCAGUAUUUGCAUUUUAACAUAGUUGUAACAAAAUAUAUUUACUAUGUCCACCAUUCAUGCCACCAUAAAAAAUAAAACAUUUUUAUGAAUGAGAAUUGUGAUGUGAUCUCAUGGCAUGCUGUGAUAAUUUAUUCUUGAAAAUGCUGUGGUUUAUAUUCCAAACUUAUGGGGCAUUAUAGACAUCAGUACAGAUAUAUAUUUAAUGGACAUUAACAUUCACUGAAAUACAAAAUUAAAUUGUAAUGGAAAUAGAAUAAUGGUCAACUCCUUUAGUCUGAAUAUGUCCUCCCAAUUUUGAAAUUAAUAUCUGAAGUGUGGAAGAGGGUAUGAAAUAGAAUUAUGAUUAAAUUUACUGUGAAUCUGGGACAAGUAUGUAAAGUAAGAAACUUCAUUGGCUACAGUGAGACCAAAGAUCUAAUUUAUAAAUGACUAGUGUCCUUUAUAUUAAUGAAACAGGACUUUACAUUUUAAAAUGUUCUUGUGGUUUGAACUUAUAAAUGGUAUAGGUAAUUGUAAGGUCUAUUGUAUUACACAGAUAGUGUUCUGUAAUUCAUUAACACUUUUGCUGCGUAUUAUUUUGUGACAGUUUUCCUAAAAUGCAACAAAACUGCAUUUUCAUUGCACAGUGAAUGAAGUGAAAUGACAGUGAAAGGGGAUUUUUAUUUCCUGACGUGGAAUGAAGUAUAAUGACACACCAUAUAGUAAUGGACACUUGGGUGACUUCAGACGAAUAUAGCAGCAGUAGGGUUAAAUAUGAUUUUGGGCAUUUCAUUUUAAUACAUGAAAAUUCUUUGGAGUAUGACAUUAUUUGAGACUAUAAGACAAAAAUCACAUUGAACUGGAAUAUAGAAUACAGUUUAUUUUGACAGAAUAAAAUAUUCCCAAUUUUACUAUAAUAAUUUGAUAGUUAUUAUUUGUAUGUUCAUGUUCGUAUUGUAAUUUAUUGGGUAUGAUCUGAAUUCGAAACUUAUGAAGGCAGGUAGCAAUAAAUAACAUUUUGAAAUUGUACAUAAAUUAUACAGUAUUUCAGAAAUGAAAUUUACUGUUGAAAGUGUAGUACAGAACACUUUUCUUUUGUUUGAAAGAUGUGCAGUAUAUAUUUCAAACUUGUUUCAGAAAGGUUUAUAUCGUUACUCCUCUUGCAGUUGGUGCCAUUGUCUCAUUUCUUAUUCAAGAAGUUUACUGAAUAUAAAGUAGGAUUACAUUUUAUGAAGCCUGUUUUAAUUACAUUGCUGAAGGUUAUUGUUAGUUAAAUAAUGUUUAUAAGAAGUGUUCAUCUGGGUUAAGUUAUUCCAUUGUUAUAACUGUUUUAAUAAUUUACAUUGAUGAUAAUAUUUAUGAAGUAUCUUUCCAUAUUAGAUGAAAUCAAACUUGGUAUUUGUAAAAAAAUUAUGUCUGAUCUACAUAAACAUUUGAACAAAAUCAGUCCUCUGGCUACUUCAGGCUCAUAUCUGCUGUAUUAUCCAUUACAGAAUGCAGCAGCUUAAAUUGAGCUCAAUUCAAUGACAGGAUGUCAAAUACUUGGCAGAAACAACACCAAAUUUAUUGAAAUAUUCAUAAGUCAUCUUGUUACUAAUUGUCAUUAAUCAUAAUAAUUGUUAGCAAAUAAAGAUCAAUAGACUUUUAAAUUA